AUGGUAAGAAAUUUUCAGGACGGUGAUUUUAUUUACUAUUGCAAAAUAAAUCACGGGCGAUGUCAGAAAAUCUGUGUUGGCUGUCAUUUCAAAGAUAAACUGCUUUACGAUGGUGAUCGCUAUCAUAAGGACAAUACAGUGUUUAUGUGUGAAGUACGACCGGAUAAGUACGGGCACAAACCGGUUGGCUGUGUGGUUCACGAUGAAAAUGGAGAAACCGUGGAAAGAAUCGUCGGCUGCACCUGGUUAGUUUAUAUUUUUAAAAAUAACUAG